GUCAUACGUCACGGUGCACGCGGAGAGCUGUCAUGGCCGCCUCCGUAGAAAACAUGUCAGAGCAGCAUAAAUCACAGAGUGGACUUAAUUCACAUUAUAUUACCGUAUAUUUUUCAUUUCGCAGUUUACAGAUGUACAGAUAUGCAUGUGUGAAUCAUAUUAUGUGAUCUGAAACAACUUGACAAAUAUAUUAUAGAGGAUUUUCCGAUUAUUGAGCGAUGACUGUCAUAAUGGCUUUAGUCAACAUUCGCUCCUGUGGCCGUCAUGGUUUUCAUCUGGGUCUCCGUGCGUAUGCCACACGACCCCUUGGCACCCCAAGAAAGCGGGAGCAGCAAGAUGAUACACCCGUGUUCCAGUAUGUGGGUCAACACAGGAAGCCCCAAGAGAAGGUGUUUGUGUGGGGCUUCAGCUACACUGGAGCUUUAGGGAUCCCAAGCUUUGUAGUGCCGGACAGUGGUAGGAAAAAGCCCAGGAAGUACCAGCUCACGCCUUACCGUCUGGAUACUGAACAGAAGAUUUCCUCAGCAGCCUGUGGAUAUGGCUUCACCUUACUGGCCUGUAAUACCAAAGAUCUGACCAAACUGUGGGGCAUGGGCCUUAACAAAGAUUCCCAGCUGGGCUUUCAGCGUACUCAACACGACAAAAAUAAAAGUUAUGAGUAUGUCCUGGAACCGUCUCCAGUGUCUCUCCCGCUGCUGAACCCUCAGGACACACGAGUGCUGCAGGUCUCAUGUGGACGCGCUCAUUCCCUGGUGCUCACAGACUCUGAGGGAGUUUUCAGCAUGGGUAAUAAUGCUUAUGGGCAGUGUGGGAGGAAGAUUGUGGAGGAUGAAGUGUACAGUGGCAGUCAUCUUGUUCACAAGAUUGAGGGUUUUGACAGCCGAGUCACCCAGGUGGCUUGUGGGCAGGAUCACAGUCUGUUUCUAACAGAAACAAAAACAGUGUAUGCCUGUGGGUGGGGGGCAGAUGGACAAACAGGUCUGGGCCAUCACAACAAGGCCUCCUGUCCAGUGCCCGUCGGAGGAGAUCUGGCUGGGGUUAAAGUUCAGCAGGUGGCCACAUAUGGAGACUGUAGUUUGGCCGUGUCCACAGAUGGGCAGGUUUUCGGUUGGGGAAACUCUGAGUACCUGCAGCUGGCUUCUGUCACUGAGGCCACACAGAUUAGCUCACCACGGCUGCUGCCCCUGAGGGGUGUGGGUCGAAUCAGACAGGCGGCAUCUGGGGGAACACAGGUGGCUGUACUGAACGAGGAAGGAGAGGUGUUUGUUUGGGGUUUUGGAAUUCUGGGAAAAGGCCCAAAACUUUCAGAGUCUGCUGUCCCAGAAAGAGUGUCAGCCACAUUUUUUGGGAGGUCAGAGUUCAACCCCAAUGUAAAGGUCUCGUCCAUCCACUGUGGACUCAAUCACUUCGCAGCUGUCACAGAUCGAGGUGAACUGUUUGUUUGGGGUAAAAAUGUGAGAGGAUGUCUCGGCAUCGGGAAACAUGAUGACCAGUACUUUCCAUGGAGGGUGACAGUGCCAGGCCACGUGAAGGAUGUUGCCUGUGGUGUUGACCACAUGGUGGCGCUGGUCAAAUCCAUCAUAUGAGAUUGUCUUUGUAGAUCUGGGCAAUCUUCUCUUGAACAUAUCAGCAUGCAAGGGUUUAUUAUUUCUCCAUAAACUUUGGACUUGUUAAGGGCCCUCACUGAGUCUUCAUGUCACACUGCAUCAAGGCAAGUCAAGGGUGUGUUUAAGAAACACGACACCUCCUCUGCUGUUUACAGUGUGGACCUCAAAAAUAGAUGUGAAUCUGACUCCUAAAUAACUCAAGACUUCUUAAGUCUUAUGUUGGCUUCUUGACAUUUUGGAGGUUUCCUCAAAAUGUUUUGGUAUUUCGUCAUCACCUGAGGUGGACACUGUAUGUUCAAACUAAAGACACAUUAUCAGUAUGGUUUCUGGAUCUUUUCUUGUUAAAAACAUAUUGAAUUGUCAGUAGGCAAAUGAAAACUAUGAUUUGAAAACUAUAAGGCUACACAAAAGGUAUAUUUAAAUUAAAGCAUCUUUUUUUAAAAAAAAAAGUUGGCAUAAAAAUGUUAUUGUGACGUAAAAAUGUAGGUUGGGACUUGAUUUUGUCUAUCAGAAAUUGACUGGACAAUUGUGGUUUGCUACUGGUUGAUGUCAUGUGAGUGACAAUUCAAACCCAAUGCUAAAUUUGCUAGUUUUACUUUAAAGAAAUGAGCAACAACUAGCUGAAUUUUUUUUUAGAGAAUAACUUAAUGAAAGACUACAGUGCAUUAUGUAAUAUAAAUAUGUUUCCAGGCCUGGAAAAUCACUUUAAAAAUUCCUUUAUGUGCAGUUUUUCCUUGACCACGGGAACCCUGAACAAGUGGGCGCAAAAAUGUGUUUUUAGAGUGAAAAUUUAAAAGGGAAGCAACUAUUAACACUGUUGGAUGCCUUAAAUAUAGAUUGCAGAUAUGCAAAAGCAAUCUUAAGCCACUUCAGGAAGAAAAAUGUCAUUUGAAGUUAUAUUAAAAUUCCUAUAUCCUUCAGAAUCAAGUACAUUUUAUUUGUACCAAACUGUACUGAUAGAUCACAUAGUACCAUUUAUAAAGCAGUAUACAUUCUGAGGGAAAAGAAGGGAAUAGUUGAAAGUCACCCUCUUUAAUGUGCAAGUAUAUAGGAACAGUUUCUCACCUACACUUUGUGUCAAGAGACAGAAAAAAAAAUUCAUGAAAGUGAAACAAAAGCAAUCAAUUCAUGAUCUUUUCUGGUGUCUGAGCUGGUUUAAUCAAAUUCUCCAAAUCAGUCAUUUGUUUGGGUAGUUAGAAGUAGCUUUAGCAAAUAUCAUCCCACAGAAAUCAUUUGUAAAUCACAGAUAUGACUAAACAUCUUCAUAAACUAGAUAAAUCCGCAAUUGGCACAUGGUCUAGUUUCGCAUGGUGUAAACCCCCACUGUACGCUUAAGAAAACAUGGUUCAAACAGUGGGAAAAAAGGAGUAACGAUUGAAAGAAAAAAAAAAAAAAAAAUCAAA